UGUCUAGGCAACCUUAUAUCAUUUAUUGUGUUUUAGUGGAAAUAAAAGUGAAUGGUCUAGUGAAACUAUAUAAAAACAUAAAUGAUGAACACAAUUAUGGAAAAGAAACCCUACCUGGGUUAAAUGUGGUAUUCCAACAGCAAUUGUUGAAUACAUGUUCCUAAUAGAUUAUAGUCAAGUUAUGCGUAGUGCAUCACAAUUCAAAAUAUGAUUAGAGCAGACUACUGGAACAAAUCUUAUAUUUUACUUUUUAUUGUUAUGUCAAUUGAAACAGAUAUGUAACAAGAAAUAAAGAUGCAGUAAAGAAACGAGAAAACAUGUGCCCCGAUGACAAGUAUAUAGAAGUUAACAAUAAACACAUUAUAAAUGCCUGGUAUCUAUAAGGCAGAAAACAAAGAUGACUGAACAACAAACUUAAGCCGCGUCCCCACUGGACAAACAUUUGUCGAAAAUUUCGACAAACUUUUUUGUUUGACAAUCAAUGUUUGCCGGUGUUUUUGGUGUGGACGCUAUCUCAACAAACAUUUCAUGUGUGGAAGGAAAAGGGGCCGCCAUUUUUGUUUGUCUAGAAUGUUCCCGUCCUAGAUCGAACAUUGUUUGUCAGUGACUUCCCCUACCACCUGUUUGGCUUGUUUUAGUGUAUUUUGAAAUGGUUUUCCGGCGCAAUUUUUGAAUAUACACAUUAUUAUUUGUAUUGUUUCAUUGAAAAUAUUCAGUGAAAAAGAGUGUGUGUGUUUUGGAGCCAGGAGAAUGUGAUAAGGUUAAUUAACGUUUACGAAGGUAAAAAACCUUUAUUGUGGGACCCUAAUAAUAAUGAUUAUAAAAACAAAAUCAAAAGAAGAGGUGCAUUAGAUGACAUUGCAAAAUAUUUAGGUGUAAAUAAUGUCGCCGAGAUUAAAAGAAAGAUUGAAACUCUUCUAGUGCAAUAUAGACGAGAGAAAAAGUUACUAGCAACAAAUUGUAAGUCCGGGAUGGGGGCCACAGAAAAAAAGAAGCCUUAGUGGGGAUUAACUUAUUUUAAUUUUUUGGUGGACAAAUCGACACCCUGGGAAACGUUUUCCAGCGUUAUAUCAGUCCAAUUGGAAAAUAGCGACAGUCAAGUGGGAUCGCCAUCCAUUAACAGCGGUAUGGGAUCGUCAGAAAAAAGCUCCACGAGUAGCAUGCCGUCGACGUAUUCUAAUAAAAAGCCUAGCAAGAGGCAAACUUCAGAAGAAGCUUAUAUCAUAAUGAAAGAGUGCUAUGAGGGAAUGUAUAAAGAGAGAGAGAUGAACAAUCUGUUUAUGGCGUAAACGUAGAAAAUUAAUAUUUUGUUUACUUAUCACUGAUCACUUAUCGAUAUUAACAAUUCAAACUCCCCAUUUGACAUUCUCGUAAAAUUUGUAAACAAACAUCCGGCUGUCAAAUCAUUUCGGAAAUCACCACCACUAUAUUCAUAACGCCGUAACGUCUCUGCCACCAUUGACGAGAACGAGGUUCUUCCAUUAAAAUAUAAUCUGCUGCAAUGCAGGCCAGAUGACGGCGGCGUCUCAAAUCACCCGUUCUUCGACAAUACCUAACUGACUAAUGUUUCAUGUCGAAUCGCAAUUGUUUGGUGAAAAUGUUUUUCAAAUAAUUGUUUGUUGAAAUAAGAAAUGUUCUUUAAAACUGCACUUAAUCAACGUGUUUGACAAACUAGUUUCCCCAUUGUUUGUUCAAUGGAGACGCACCUUAAUAGAGACAAGUGCACUGCUACAUAGUUUCAGUAAAAUAAAAUGAAGUAAUAAAAGGAAAAUGAGGAAGAAUAUACGAUUCAAUAUAACGGAAAUGACAAAUGCUAAACAUUAAAAUCAAAAAUAUACAGUAUUAUUAAAGGUAAUUGAAGAGAAUCAUAUGGGAAGCAAGAUUAAUAGAAAAGAAAACAGAAGUGAAUGACAAUAAAAACACUGCAAAAAUAAGGAGAAACGGGAUGAUACACAAAUUUUUCUAGCAUCAGAGUAUUGGGAUUUCAAUUUUCAUUCUCCUUUCAUGUCAUGAACUGCAUCGAUAUUUUCGGGGACUGACACAGAAACUAGCUUUCCCGAUCGGUCAAUAUCUUCAAUGGAAAAUUUACCUCUUUUGAAGCUUGCAGUCCAAUUUUUCACGGUCGCAUACGAAGGACAUUGAUCACCAAAGGUAUUAAGCAUAUCUUCGUAAAUCUGCUUUGCUCUUAACAGUAAUACAGGUUCUUGAUGAUGGAUCGAUACUCCAAUUUUUCGAUUUUCACGAUUUCGGUGAACAUCUUCUUUCUUUUAAUUUAUUGCUCAACUCUGGUUUACUUUUUUGACGUCAAACUUUACACUGACACUUCUAAGAACUGGCCUAGGCUAACUAGAUAUCAAUACAUCCUCGUAAGUAGCUGAUUUUUCUCAGUCACAUUAAUAUAAGACAGAAAUUUGGUAAUCCGAGAGGAUAAGUUAAUGGAGGAUAAAAAUAAGGAACGUUAUUGUAUCCUUCGACUAAAUGACUGACGGAUCCCAAUGGUUCGCGGACGGGGGUCAGUUAAAUUACACUCAAGAGAUUGUAUCUCAGUCCGGGUUCCAUUUGUUUUUUUAAAUUUAAAUAAUUUUAAAUAAGAAAUUAUUAUAUCCAAAACAUGUACUUGUAUUGGGACUUCCGGGAAAUAGGCUGGCCGUUGAUGAUUAUGGAAGAGGCUGUAGUAAUCUUAUGAUUUUUCUUAAAGAUUAUAGUGGCGCAUUUUUGGGGAGACAAUGUCAGCCCCUUGGAUGAGGGAUGAAGAUUGAGUUAUGGAAUUUUCGGCAGAUAUCAAUAAAAAAUCAACGUUCACCGUAGCAAAAGUGUCCGGAUAGUUACUUCCAGCAAACCAUUUUCGACCAUUUUUAACGAACCGAAAGAAUAAUCUACGUUCCCGAUAGAAACCACUGUAUAUUAUGAAAGUAAACAAUGUGUACUUUGUAUGAAUAUUUAGUACUUCGUGACGUAAAAAAAUAUUCAAAUACGACCUCUAGUAAAUAUUUGGCAUCCGAAUUAAUGUAUAAUAAAAACGUUACGUAAAUAUGAACAAAAAUACGUACCUUCGUCAGUGGAAGAGGAAAUAUUAAUUGACAGUCGUAAUUUGUGUACAAUUUUAACAGCAAAAUAAAAACAUUAUUAAUUUUACAUGUAUUACCAGUCGAGUUUAUUUUUUCGUACGAUGAUCACAUAAUUUUUAAUAAAGAGAAAUCGUGACUAUAACAGACGCAGUACAAUGUUCAAUUAAUAAAAUUGGGAUACUAUUCAAGUACCUAAUACUUAUGUAAACAAGAUAACGGAAAAAAUGACUGUUCUCAUUUUGAGAUAAGGCAUAAUAGCAAAGUACGCGGUUGCAAAUUCACGUGAAAAUUAAGUAUUUAUGAGUAAUAGUGAAAUAAAGAGUGUUUUAAAAUGCUAAGUUUGAAGGAUACAUCGCCAAUAAUUCCAAAUAUAGGAGCAAUUUCUCAAAGUUCUUUAUUACAAAGAAGAGCAAAUUCUAAAGAGGAAUUAGAUUCUUCCUAUCACAGAUAUGACAGUUAUGAUAAUGUUUCAUUGGAACCACGCAGCCCUCGGAUGCCAGAAAAAACGCCAUUUGUUUUGGAGAAACCGAAAAGACUCACUAAUAUGUCAAGGGAGAAUAUGGUAUGCUCUAAAUGUGGAGACGGAUUUGAGCCGGAAGAGAAAAUUGUUAACUCUACUGGACAAUUAUGGCAUCAGCAUUGUUUUGUAUGUGCCCAGUGUUUCCGAGAAUUUAGGGAUGGGGUUUUCUACGAAUUUGACGGAAGAAAAUACUGCGAACAUGAUUUUCAAGUACUGUUUGCUCCUUGUUGUAACAAAUGUGGAGAAUUUAUCAUCGGAAGGGUGAUUAAGGCAAUGAAUUCAAGUUGGCAUCCAACUUGUUUCAGAUGUGAAAUGUGUUCCAAAGAACUAGCCGAUACCGGUUUCAUUAAAAAUGGAGGUAGGGCUUUGUGCCAUGAUUGUAACACAAAAGUUAAGGCUAUAGGAUUGGGCAAAUACAUUUGUCAUAAGUGCCAUGCAAUGAUUGAUGAUCAGCCCUUGAAAUUCAGAGGAGAAGUUUAUCAUGCUUACCACUUUAAUUGUGCCGCAUGCGGUGUGGAACUCGAUAGUAGUGCUAGAGAGGUUAGAAAUCGUUCAGGUUUUGCUAAAAACGAAAUGAACGAACUUUAUUGUUUGAGAUGUCAUGAUAAAAUGGGUAUUCCUAUUUGUGGUGCAUGUAGACGACCUAUUGAGGAGCGUGUAGUUACUGCGCUAGGAAAACAUUGGCACGUUGAGCAUUUUGCUUGUGCCAAAUGUGAAAAACCAUUCUUUGGUCAUCGCCAUUAUGAGAAAAAAGGAUUAGCGUAUUGUGAAACACAUUAUCAUCAAUUAUUUGGGAAUCUCUGUUUCGUUUGUAAUCAAGUAAUUGCUGGAGAUGUUUUUACCGCUAUGAACAAAGCAUGGUGUGUUCAUCAUUUCGCAUGUUCAGUAUGCGAUCAAAAAAUGAAUCAGAAAACUAAAUUCUACGAAUACGAUUUGAAGCCAGUUUGUAAGAGAUGCUAUGAAAAAUUCCCCAAUGAAUUGCGCAAACGUUUGAGACGACAGCAUGAAGCUACUCCAAAAAAACCAGGUACUCCGGUACCGCCUUGAAAAUAUCGAUAAUGUGGAAAUUGAUUGGAUUUUGUUAUUCCUAUAGAAUAUACAAAAAUUAUGAUUUUAAUUAAUUCACUACUAAUUUUUUUUUAUUUAUAUUAUCAAUGAAUAUUUGCUUUUUUAUAAUCGAAUUUUUAAAAUCUAACACUAAAAUAAAAUAAAAAUGCUUUUACAUGUAUUUAAAUUUAAUAAAUAAUCAUAAUCGAAAUUUUUUUGUAAUAGGUGUAAUAUGUUUAAGGGGGGGAAGUACGUGUAAAAGGGCGUUUUUCCAUAAUUUCCAUAACUAUUAGAUUAAUUUAUAAAUAUAUUGAUGAGUAUUUUUUCAUAAUUUACCAAAAUAUAAUUUAGAAAGUAGCAGGGAUAUCAGCAUACACAUCGAAUAUUGACAUCCGACUUAGCAGUUGGUGUACACUAUGGAAGCCAAAAUUUCCAUCCAAAAACAAUCGCACAAAGAAAUUACUUUUUUCAUAUGUGUAUCUUCUAUAUAAACCUCAAAUUAAAUGAAAUGCAUUUUUUAGAGGGCUGUUCAAAUAAAUAUUUUUUCACAAUUUUUUCAUAUAUUGUUUGAUAGAAAAAAGGUAGUUAAAAUAAAAAUAUCGCUUAUGAUUGAGGUUGGAAUUUCUGGAACCGUUGAUGAUAUUCAUACUGAAAACACUGCUUACACCAACACUCACAAUUACACUGUUUGACGCGGGUUUUGAUAACAAAGUUAUCGUCUUCAGAGACUGAAGUUAUACUGUUAAUCUUUAGUCUCCUAAGACCUUAACUUGGUUAUCGAAACGAACGGCGUCAGACAGUGUAAUUGUGAGUUUUGGUGUAGUGGUAGUGUAAACAGUGUGUUCAGUAUGAUUGAGGCUCAUAUACAGCACAAUUGUGUAAGGAAAUUAUAAACCAAAUUUCAAAAUGAUUGGUUUAAAACUUUUUAAGUUGGAUUGUAUACUAUUUCGAAAAAACUUGUUUCAAGAAAAACGCGUUUAAAAUGUGAAUGUAAACUAAUUGAAAGAACUUACCAAUUAAUUAGCUAUAAUUCCAACACUAUAUUCCAAUUUUGGAUACAAAGACAUCAUUUUAACUUUAAAUUGAUAUUGCAAACGCAUGCUAUGAAGGUUGGUUGUGAAGUAAUACUAUAUGAUUGUUACAAGGACACCAAUGCUUCUAAUAAUUUCUAUACGAAUAAAAUAUAAGAACGCGUUCCUUUUUCUUCUUAAAAAUACUUACCUGAUAGUAUAUGAAUGACUAUCUACUCGGUCGCUCCGUUCUGCAAGUCAGGCUAUCGGACGCUAUACCAAAGAUCACUUACUAAAUCGCUUAUUACUUUUGAACGAAUAAGAAUUUUGACUUGAAAUUUUAAAUCUAUAUUUUUGAAUAGUUUUACAAGCGAUUGGUGUAAAAAAACCUCUACACGUAUUUCCCCCCUAAUCCAAAUUGAAACUCUAAAUGAUCCAACUCAUUUAACAUCAACAAGUUAUUGUAAUUGAAAAUAUUUUGAAGAAAAGAAGAUUUCAAAUGUUCCUUUUUGUAUUAUAAUAAUCAAACUCUUCAAAUAUAUGGAAUGUGAAUUUUUUAAACAAUUUUAAAAACAUGGUAUUUAGGGAAAAAACUAAAGUAAUUAUUGAAACCUCUCAUAAGAGGAAAACAUUCAUAAUUACUUACUUUCUACCAUUUCAUUUAUUUUAGAAUGAUAUUUCUUAAUUUUAAACAAUGCUUAACUAUAAUAAUAAAAAAAUUAUACCCAGAAUUAUUACAAUGAUGGCGAUCUUCAGUGCAGUGGCUUUCUACGCAGAACAUAUAUAAAAACAUAUGACGAAUGCCUAUACAAUAACAACUAAAUUGGAAUUUCUGGAAUUGGCGAUAUUCAUACUGAAUACACUAUUAUAAUAUAACCAAGCUAUCAUCUUUAGAGACUGAAGGUAAACUAAACUUUAAUGACUUGACUAUCCUGUUUUAUAUUAUAUUUUCCCACCAGUAAACCUUCUCCCGCGAAAAUUAAUUCCAGCGGGAAAAACUCCUUGGCGAGAAUCUUCACAUUCAUUCCUUGACUACUAAACUAUAGAGUGGGUUGUAAGGAAUUGGCCAUUUGUCCCUAAGCUACUCUUACAUCUAGCAAUUUCAAUGCUUUCAAAUGCAUCCAACAAUUUAUUAUUGGAUAACUUUUUUAACAAUUUUACAUUAUUAAUAUUUAUGUCAUAAUUGUGACUUGCAGCGUCGGUAGUGGGCAAUACCUGAUUUUCCAGUCCAUAUUUCAAAUGAGCUAUGUGCUCUUUAAACCGGAUAAUAACGGAUCUCUUAGUCUGCCCAAUAUACUUUCUGUCACAAUCACCACAGCUAAUUUCAUAUAUACCACUCCCCUCCAAAUUUGGUAUUUUAUCCAUUGGAUUGCACAAUUAUUGUUUUAAUGUAUUGUUGGAUUUAUAAACCAAUUUAAAACCCACUCUGCUAUAUAUUCCUUCCAAUCCUUUUGUAUAAAGAGUCUCUGAAGACGAUAACUUGGUUAUCGAAACGCGCGUCAGACAGUGUAAUUGUGAGUGUUGGUGUAAACAGUGUAUUGAGUAUACAAUCACAGAAGUUAUAUCAGAAAGUAGCUUAAAUGUGGUAUUUUUUUGUGCAAAAAGUAUUUUUGCUAUGUCUGUACUAGUUCUUUAUGUAUUUCAUACUGCCUCGUAUUAUUCUUGUUUUUUGUAAAUAUUUCCAUGCCAAAUGUCAAACUUUUUCAAUCUUAAUCCAAUUAUUACAAAUUUUUUCUUGUUAAUGUAUCAACUUGUUUAUUAAUUGAUAUUAGUACUUAAUUGUAGUAUAGUUGCGAUCUAAAACCUACUGCUCUGCUUUUUUUAAUUUAAUUAUAAUCUGUCUCAUGAAUUUGAGACCGAAAGAAUUGUGUAAAGUACAAUCAUUAAGUUUAGGUUUUGUUCUAAUAUUGAAAGAAAAGUGUUUAAUAGAAAACUUUAUUGGAAUUUAGGUAACAUUUAACAAUUUGAAUAUAUUUAUUUUUUAAGUAAUAAUUUAAAGAGCAAUAUGUAAAUAUGUAAUAACUAUAAAGUAUUUCUUCAAAUUUAAUGCUGUUGAAAAUCCACCUUACUACCUUCUUCUUCUCUAGAACUCUUUAUGUCCUUUUGUGAGUCUGAGUGUUGUGACCUUGAUAACAACAUGUACGUUUUGUGGGAUGAAUACAUUUUUUUAAAAUUUAAUAUUUUCAAACUAACACCUUUUCUUAUUUCCAUGUCAGGUAUUGGUUUUACUAAAUCUUUCUUUUUCUUUGUUGCCGACUUCAAACUGUAUCUUGAUUCAUAAUACCUACAGAAAAAUUCCUCUGGAGACCUUGCCUAGAUCUUCUUAGAUUAUUACCAUUCUCCUUAAAUCCUGCCGGUGCUCUGUACACAAUAGAUUUUGUUACUUCAAGAUGAAGUGCUACUUUAGUUGAAAGCAAAAUUUGCUCCACAAUCUUAUAAAACUGACCAUUGAUCAAAAUAAUGUCUCAGAGUAUCGAAAAAUUAUUUUUUGGUCAUGUUCCUCAUUUGUUUACCAACAAUUUUAACAAAUAUGCUUUAUUUCUUUGACAUGUUCUUUUCUCUAAAACUAAACCGUUCCAAAAAAGUAAAAAAUAUUUUAUACAUUAAAUGUUUUUUAUAUAUGUAAGCGUUUAUGUGCCCCUCAAUAUAAUAAUUUUAUAGUUUGAAACAAUUAAGGUUUUGUACCAUUAAAAAUUAAAGCACAUACAUUAAUGACGGGUAUGCUCUCAUCUAACUGUAACCUAUUCUGAUAUGUUUCUAAUGUCUCUUUACGAGGCCAGUAGGUGGGAAGAUACCCACUGUAGCAGCUCCUAAGCAAGCUUGAUGGGAUCGAGGGCAGGCGAUAAAAGAAACAAUACUAAAUAUGGAAUACUAUGGAAGUACAAAACAUCCUCGACAACUUUUACAUGAUGCGGUCGAGCAUUAUCGCUUAAGAAAAGGGAAGUUGAUUCAAUAGAAGUAUGAAAUAAACAUUGUUAAUCACUUGUACAUAAAUACACGCAGUCAUGUUUUCAUGGAACCUUAAAAAUCCUGUAUAUUUAACCAAAUAUUUCUGCAAAUAACGUCUACACCACCUCUGAACGGGUGAAUUUCCCACAUUGUUCUUCGAUUUUGAGCAGUCUUUACACGAAUACGCCUCGACUCGUCUGUAAACAAUUCAGACUUCUAAUCAAUGUUGCUAUUAAUUUGUUUGUAUUGUUUGGAUAAAGUAGAACCAAUAGCUAAUAUAAAAUUUUGGAAAAUGCAAAAUAAAUCUACUUCUCGUGAAUUUAAAAACUUACCAAUUUUGAAACACAAAAGGUAGUCAUUUAAGCAAGUAAAUAUUCAAUAUACAGUACAGACGAAUCAUGAAUGGAACAAAUAAAUUCAAUUUUAUAAACUUUUGUGGAGCAGAUUAUCAGGUCAUACCACAACCAUGUAGAUAUAUGUGUAGAUAUUGUAGUGAGAUCAUGUGCCUUUUAAAACUCUUAUUAAAAAUGCUCUAUAGAUUUUUUUAUAUAAUUAGUAACUAAUUGAGUAUAAUAUCGAUAAAGCAUUAUUGAAUAGUAUUCUAUAUUAUAUUUUAUAUAAUCAUAUUGUUUAUCAUGGCAUAUAUUGAAAAUUUACAUAAUUCUUUAUUAAUUCUUUUCUGGUCCUGUAUAUUUUGUAUGUUAUGACUUAGUAUGUACCAUUAGCACUACGCAAAUAUGAAGACUUCGCUAGUUUUGGUUAUUGGUAUUCCAUUUUAAUUAGUCAAGUAGAUUUCCAUUUAUAUAUAUAAAAUAUCACUUUUUGUAGAAAGUUGUUUAAUUUAUAUUUGUUACAUUAUAGAAACUGAAUUGAUUCAAAAAGUUUUUAAAAAUUAAUUCGCUCCAUUUUUCAUAGUAAGGUAAUACAGGCAAACAUUGGCACAUUUUUAAUUAACUGUAUACAAUUGAUUAAAAAAUUAUUAUAUAUGCAUUUUUUUAUUGUGUAAUGUAGGGUGGGGGGGGUUUCAAAAAUUUUCCCUUCGUGUCGCACUCUAAGCCAUCCCCAUAGCUCUCUCAGGGCAGAGGAGCACGUUUAUUGAGCUUUACUGCAUAACGCCAAAGAGUCACAUAUUGUAAAGCUGGUAAUAAGAUCAGAUUAUGUCUGUCAAAGUAGGGAAAAGUACCCGAAUAUCGUAUAGUUUUUUUGCCACUCAGUGGUUUUAUGUUUACACUUUACACUCAGUCUCUAAAGAUAUACUUUCUUGAUAUGUGCUCCCAAUAAUGAAUAGGGAAAUAAGGUGCAAAUAUGGGCUAGAAACAAUAUUAAAUGUUCCAUUAUAAAUUUAAUGAUGGAACGUAAUAUUAAAAAGAACAGUAUAAAAGUACAAAACAAUUAAAACAAAAAAAAAAAUAAACUGUAACAGAUCAACACGAAUCUUUUAUUGGCGUAUUAGAUCAUACAAAAUUGUCUUUUCUUUGCAUCUUAUACAAUGCUCUCCCCAUGUAUUAUUUUUGUAAGGUUGACAGCAGUGACACAUUCUUCAUUCGCGUUGUCUUCAUCAUCUGUCGAUACAUAAGGGACAUCCAUGUCGUUCUAGUCAGAUGAAUCAUAUUUUAGAGGAGGUUUAGCUUUGACCCUUUUUCCUUGCUUGAAUAAUAGUUGCUUCAUACAAGUUGUCUUCUUUUUAGAUACAUCAGAAUUCUUCAUAGACUCUUUCUUUGGAAUAUCUAACCCCUUAACCAUAUUUGCAGCCAUAUUUUCAUUUCAUUUUUCAUCUUUUUCCAUCGACUUCUUGAUUUGGUUUUCCAAAUUGUUUUAUAUGGCGAGCUAGUGAUAACUGCGGCUUUUCCAGCAGGACGUCCACGCUUGGGAUUGGACGAUUUUCCUGGGAAGCUUUGUCAGAGGCUUGAGAAUGAAAGGUGAAACAACUAUCUUUGAAGAGUUGCCUUCUCCGUGUGUGACGGGCACAUAAAUGCCACGUCCAUUGGCUGGAGUUUGUGCGAUGUGUUGGGAGAGAGGCGGACAAUGAUAACUCCAUUUUCUCUGGCCUUCAAAAUUAUAUCAAUAUUCCUUAAAUGAGUUUCAUGACCAUCUAAAACUAAAACAACGGAUCCUUGGUUUGAAGUAGUCUAUGAAAUGCUGCAGCCAGUCAGUAAAAAUAUGGGUUUGAAUUCAUCCAGACUUGUGGCAUCUUGCAAUGGUUCCUGGCGAUGUGCCAUCCAAAAGUCAAGCUUCAUAUUUUGCAUAGGAAUAAAUGGAGGAAUAAAUAUUUCUGAAGUCUCAUACCUGUGAUUGGAGUCAUGAGAGCCAAUCAUGCAUAAUAGGUUAUGUCAAUAGGCAGUUUGUUGUAGGAGAUGGGAAAUGCAGUUCAAGUUUCAAACCAAAUUUUUAUAUUUUGUUGUAUGAAGGGUAGAGGUAAGGAGAACCGUCUUGUAUGGGGGAUUAGUUGAAAAAGUGUCUAGCUGUAAACAGCAAAUUAAAUACGAAGACUAGCUAAAAUAGCGCUAGUGUACUAAGUGGAAAUGAUAUGAAUUUAGGAGUUAUGUAUAUAUUUUAUGUACAAUUUUCAAAUGAAUUUGUAUAUUAGUAGUUUCUUUGAAAUAGUUAUGACUUUCAAAAAGGAAUUUAAUUUACUAUUCUGUAAUAGUUUAUAGCGCUCGUUUAAAAUUCUUCUACUUCCUACUAUAGCGCCAUCUUAAUUUACUUCCUUUUAACAGACAUUUUUCGAUACACUCGUUGCAUCAAACCUCCAUAUUUGUUUGUUAAAUUUAUGUCAAUCUUAUUCUCGUGUCAAUGUUGGUCCGUGUGACCUUAUAUAGUAGAUCAUUUGAGGCUGCUAUAUCAGACAAGUGUUAUUGCUGAUUUCUGUCAACGUGUCUUACCAUUCUACUUUUUACUAGUCUCAGGUAAUUACAGCGGCAUUUUUAGGAAUAUGUUUGACAAUUUAUAAUGCUAUUAAAUUUGAAGAUAAUGCAAAUUAUUGAUAACGUCACUAAAUGUUUACAUCCAAAUUGUGAGUUGAUACAAAUAACCAUUUAUUACCCGUAUCAAAUCGUAUGUUAGUCUAAAAAGUGCCUAUGAAUAUGAUUUUCAAAGCAGGUUUUUAUAGAACUUAUUCUGCUAAUAUUUGUUUUUAUUUUUGAAUGUCCUUGUUUAAUCUGGAAUUAAUAUAUAAUAAUAAUAAUAUAAAACCAAUUUAACUUAUUUUUAUAGAAUUUUGAUUAAUAAACAAUUAAUAUUGCUG